UAUAAACAUGAAUAUAUGUUUAAGUAACUGAAUGUAGUGGUGUGAGGCAUUAAUACGUCAUUAGUGUAUAUGUGUGGAGCUGCACUAUUGCAAUUACACUGACGUCAGAGUUUCAGUUUACCUGCAGUCUGACAGUAUAACCAAAGUCUUUUAAUACAGCUUUAAUUAUUUACACCUGCUGUAUGACUUGAUGGAAGCCUCAUACCUGUUCUUGAACAAUAUAGUGAGCUACAGUUUACAGCAGACAUAGAUAAACUGUAGAACUUGACACUAUGGUUGACAGAAAGCUGCCUGAAUGGAUGAAUAAGAAGCUAAAACAGGAAGAUAAUGGCACACAGAAAGUUCAGGUGCAAAGUACCAUCAAAAAGAAUCUCCUUGAGAAUGAUCUUCCCUAUCUGGAGUUUGGUGGAACAGUCAUAUACAGCCAGGAGAAAAAUGACAGCUCGUUUUUAGCAGAUGAUUUAAGAUCCUCUUUGGUGCCUGGCUCAGCUGUGGGCUUUGAUUUGGAAUGGCCACCAUCAUUCACAAAGGGGAAAACAAAAAAGGUCGCUUUGGUACAGCUUUGUGCCUCGGAGGAGAGAUGUUAUCUGUUUCACAUCUCCUCCAUGGCAGGCUUUCCUCCUGCCCUGAAGAUCUUUCUGGAGGAUGAGAGCAUUAAAAAGGUUGGCGUGGGCAUAGAGGGUGACCAAUGGAAGCUGCUGUCUGAUUACGAAAUCAAGCUGAAGAAUUUUAUAGAGCUUUCUGAUUUGGCAAACGAGAAACUGAAAUGUGUUGAGAAAUGGAGUUUGGACAGACUGGUUAAGCACUUGUUCAAAAAACAGCUUUGCAAAGAUAACGAUGUGCGGUGCAGCUUCUGGGACAACUUCAGACUAACAGAGGAACAAAAUCGAUACGCUGCAACUGAUGCUUAUGCUGGAUUGAUAAUUUACCAGAACCUGGAAAGAAUGGUGGUGAACUCAGGUUUAUUGAAAGACCAAGAUUGCUUAAAAGCAAAGCUUUUUCAGAUUGCAAGAGAAAUUGAAGACCUUACUUAUUGUAUUCCUGAUGGACUCAACUGUACAAACAGAACUGAAAUGUUAGUAGAAGACAUUUCAAAAAACGUUGCAGCUCUUAAAGAUCACAUCACGAGCAACAAAAACACAUCGGAGGUUGCAGCUGUGGAACAUUCCUCAGACAGUAGCAAAGAGCACAUUCCAAAACUCCAGGAGUCUAAGAGCAACACUGCGAACCAUAGAGCUGAUCAGAGGUCUUCUGAUGACAAAAAUAAUAAUUUCAUAUCCAAGAAAUGUGUAAAGAAAUCCUGCAUAUCAGACAAUGAUGAAGAAUUCAGUGUUCAGGCAGAUCAAAUCAAAUGCAUGAUGUCCUUAGAUAUCUCUGAGUAUGAGCUACAGAUGCUGGAGAUGCAGGCCAGACAGGAAGAGAAUGAGGAGCAGUCCAUUUUGGCUUUUAAGGAGAAAGCAGCACUGGACAAUUCUGCAGAGCUGUCUUAUGAACUUGAAAGUGAUGAGGAGCUUGACAGUGAGUUGGUUCAGUGUGCCGAAGAAAUUGAGAAACUGAAUGAAAGUGGUGACAAAGAAGCUCAUGAAGCGAUGGCCGGUGACGAUGAUGAUGAGGUUGUUGAAGAGGAAGAAGCAGAAGGCUUUGAUGCAAGCAUUCCACAACCAGCACCUGACCAGAUUGACUGUCUAAAAAAGUAUUUCGGCCACCACAGUUUUAAACCGGUACAAUGGAAAGUGAUUUUAUCAGUGCUCGAGCAGAAGAGGGACAACCUUGUUGUCAUGGCAACUGGUUAUGGAAAGAGCUUGUGCUUCCAGUUUCCUUCGGUGUACAGCGAGAACAUGAGUGUAGUUAUUUCCCCUCUAAUCGCAUUAAUGGAGGACCAGGUGCUGCAGCUGAAGAUGUCUAACAUACCUGCCUGCUUUCUUGGAUCAGCCCAGACCAAAAAUGUAUUUGCAGACCUGAAAAAGGGGCACUACAGAGUGGUAUACAUGACACCAGAGUUCUGCUCAGGAAAUCUACAUCUGCUUGAGCAGCUUGAUAGAUCGAUUGGGAUUUCUCUGAUUGCAGUGGAUGAAGCUCAUUGUAUUUCUCAAUGGGGGCAUGACUUCAGAGGGGCUUACAGAGACCUUGGCAAACUUAAAAGGAACCUUCCAGGUGUUCCUAUUGUGGCGCUCACAGCCACCGCCAGCCCCUCUAUCCGAGACGACAUAGUGAAGUGCCUUCAUUUGGUAAAUCCUCUCAUAACCUGCACCUCUUUUGAUCGGCCCAACCUUUAUCUGGAUGUGAACCGUAAAUCUGGUGAUAUCAUCAAAGACCUAAAGCCCCUGCUGGUCAAAAAGGAAGGGGGUGAUUAUGAAUUUGAGGGGGCAGCUAUUGUUUACUGCCAGUCUAAGAAAGAAGCAGAAAGGGUGACUGGUGCACUGUGUAAGCUGGGCAUCCGGGCCGGCGUGUACCAUGCAGGCCUAGGUAUCCAGAAGAGAAGGGAGACGCAGUAUCAGUUUAUGAGAGAUGAGAUACAGUGUGUGGUGGCUACUGUAGCGUUUGGGAUGGGAAUAAAUAAGCCUGAUAUAAGGAAGGUCAUACAUUAUGGAGCACCUAAAGAGAUGGAGUCUUACUACCAGGAGAUUGGGCGAGCGGGUAGAGAUGGACUAAACAGUGCCUGUCAUGUAUUAUGGAUGCCGAGUGAUAUGGCACUCAACAGAUUCCUUCUAAAUCAGACAAAGAGUGACAAAUUCAGAGGUUACAAGAUGGAAAUGAUGGCCAAGAUGGAGAAGUAUUUAAAUUCCAACAAGUGCAGAAGGAAGUCAAUUUUGUCACAUUUUGAGGACAAGCAACUGAGAAAAGUCACCUCCGGUAUAAUGGGGACGAGCAAGUGUUGUGACAACUGCAAGUUUGGGCAUGUUAUGAGCCCAAGCAAAGACUUUUCACAGCAGGAUCUUCAGGACUUUGGGACGGGGGCUUUCCAGCUGAUGGGGGCAGUGAGUGCCAUGGGGGAGAGAUUUGGCAUCACUGCUCCUGUAUUGAUGCUGCGUGGCUCAACUGCUCAAAGAGUUCCUGAAUGUUUUCGUAAGCACUCUUUGUUUGGUGCUGGGAGGACCAUUUCUGAGGCCUGGUGGAAAGCCCUGGGCCGUGAGCUCAUCAGUGAGAAAUACCUAAUGGAGGCAUCUGGCUACAAUAAGUUUUCAACCCUCUGUAAACUUACUCCUAAGGGCAGAACAUGGUUAACCAAAGCUCAGGAUGAGAAACACAGAACUCUCUGUCUUCAACCCAACAGGGAUCUCUGUCAAAGAAUUUGUGUGCCAAGGAGAAGCCAAGAUCCAAAACCUACCAAGUCUAGUACUGAAGACGGCUCUACACCAAGUGCAGCUCAGAGAACAAGUCUCUGGUCUCAAGCAGAUACAAGUAAAGUAAGGAUUACUGGUGCGGCACAUGUCAGGUCUGUUCCACCACCAGCACCUGCAGCCAAACCCCAGGUUCCUGCUGUGUCUGCUAGAGAGAUGGAGUUACAGGGUGAAUUAUACAGUAAGCUGGUAGCUCAGAGACAGAAGUUAGCCAGCAUAAAAGACAUCCCUCCUGCUAUACUGGCUACCAACAAAAUCCUACUGGACAUGGCCAAGUCAAGGCCCUGCACAGUUGCUAGGCUGAAGUUGGUGGAUGGUGUCUCUGAGGCUAAAGCAGCCAUGCUGGCACCACUGCUCCAGACAAUCGCAGAGUUCUGCCAAAAACAUGGCCUGCAGGAGGUUGUGAUUUCCAGCUCUUCUACUUUCUGUGCUGAGCAAUCCCAUAGUUCACAGACAGGAAGAACCGCAGCACUUCCUUUGUCUGACAGUGUGGCUGUAACAUACAGACUCUUUCAGACUGAGGGCAAAAGCAUGAGACAGGUCGCUGAUGCUCGUAGCUUGCCAAUGACAGUAGUGGAAUCUCAGCUGCUACAGGCUCUGAAUGCCAACAAGCCUUUGGAUACUGAGCGAGCAGGCCUGUCUUCAUCCAUAUUCAGCACAAUUACCCGUAUUGUCUCGUCUCCUCCCCUCAGCUCUGACCUCAGUGAUUUUAAGAUAAUCCGUGCCUUGGUUCCAGAAGACAUUAGCACUUUCCUCCUUAGGCUCAGUGUUGCUAAACUCCAGAAAGAAGGCUUUCCGAAUCCAUUGCCUGCCAACCCACCAUCAGAACAGCACAGCAUCACCUGGAUAGAGCCUCAGACACAGCCAGUCAUGAUUGAGAAAGCCUCUAGUUCAAGACUUCUGACACACCAACAGGAGCCAGAGCUUCACAAUAUGUACAUGAGUGAGGACGAGCUCUUUGCUGAGCUGCCCAUGCCUGAGGAUGUGGAAGCUACCAGCAGUGGUACUCAAUGUAAUGUAGAGGUGGUGAAGCUCAGCAGUGGAAUGGAUUUGGCAUCCUGGAAUCAGGAGAAGCUGGACAAAGACACUCAGGAUCUGUUCAGUAAUUCACCAGCAAAGACUGUAAACCAGCUGCCAAAGAGGAAGCUGCCGGACUGGGCAGAAGAUUCGCAGGACUCCUUAACUGCUGCCGCAUCAAAGAAAACUAAGAAAAAGAAAGGACUUUUUGGGUGAAAAACCAGAUUUUUUUCUUUCAUAAAAUUGCCACAAGUGUUAAUCAUUAUUACGAAACAUUUCAGAGAAUCAUAUUUACAAAAAAAUAUAUUUUGUUAGUUUUUUUUUUUACCUAAACCUGUUGUGCUGAAUGUAAAAUUUCUAAUAUAAAUCUGUAUAUGAUUGUAUAUUUUGUGUGUGUGUGUGGGAGGAAUAAAUAUCAAACCUAAUUACUGUAGGUCUUUAAUUUCAAAAGAAGAUAGUGUGAAGAUAGUUCCUGUGUGCUGAAAUGUUAAUCCUGUGUGAGGUACAUCUCUCUCUCUCUCUCUACCCUGAUGUCUUUUUGGAUUAAGCAGGCCUGGGAUUACAAGUCAAAGAUAGUGAUUUUACAUGCUGGAGGGUGCUAAGCCACUAAGUGUUUUUUUUUUUUUUUUUUUUGCUGUUACCACAUCAUUGUUUUGAGGAUCUUCAGUUAUUUACUCCUCGGUACUCAUGACCUCACAUGACACCUCUCAACAAGGUGCAUUCAUUGACGUGCUCUGCUUUGCUGCUUAGUGUCUGGUUUGCACAGUUUAUCAAACUGAUUUAAUUUUUCCAUUUCUGUUUAAGAUGUACCGUAGGUAUUAUAACAAGAAAUAAAA